ACGCAUGCGCACGGCCGGACAGGUCCGCGGCGCCCUCACUUCCUGGCAUUCCCCCCUCCCCCUCCUCGCUGUUACCCUGUACAUCCGGGUCACUUGCCCUCCCCGUUCGGAGCUGCCGCCGCUGCUGCCGCCGCCGCCUGGCUCGUCGCGGCUCCGCCACAGGGGCAGGUGCGGAGGGGCUCCUGGUCCGGCCGCCGCCGCUGCCCCGCUCCGGGCCCGGGGCUCCCUCUAGCGCCGCUGAGGAUCCGCCGCCGCGGCUCGAGGAGGGCGGAGGAGCGGGGCUGAGAGAGCCCGGAGGCUCGCGCGGAGGAUAGAAGGACAAGAACAGAAUCACCAGCACUGGCUGAAGAGAGAGAAAGAGAGAGAGAGCGAGCAGAAGCAGAGGGAGCGGCAGGCAGAGGGAGAAGCAGGAUUCCCACUGAGCAGGGAGCCCGAUGUGGGACUCUAUCCCAGGACUCUGGGAUCAUGACCUGAGCUGAAGGUACCUUAACAUGGGGAAUCUUCUUAAAGUUUUGACAUGCACAGACCUUGAGCAGGGGCCAAAUUUUUUCCUUGAUUUUGAAAAUGCCCAGCCUACAGAGUCUGAGAAGGAAAUUUAUAAUCAGGUGAAUGUAGUAUUAAAAGAUGCAGAAGGUAUCUUGGAGGAUUUGCAAUCAUAUAGAGGAGCUGGCCAUGAAAUACGAGAGGCAAUCCAGCAUCCAGCAGAUGAGAAGUUGCAAGAGAAGGCUUGGGGUGCAGUUGUCCCACUAGUAGGCAAAUUAAAGACAUUUUAUGAAUUUUCUCAGAGGUUAGAAGCAGCACUAAGAGGUCUUCUGGGAGCCUUGACAAGUACCCCGUACUCUCCCACGCAGCAUCUAGAGCGAGAGCAGGCUCUUGCCAAACAGUUCGCAGAGAUUCUUCAUUUCACACUCCGGUUCGACGAGCUCAAGAUGACAAAUCCCGCCAUACAGAAUGAUUUCAGCUAUUACAGAAGAACAUUGAGUCGUAUGAGGAUUAAUAACGUCCCAGCAGAAGGAGAAAAUGAAGUAAAUAAUGAAUUGGCAAAUCGAAUGUCUUUAUUUUAUGCUGAGGCAACCCCAAUGCUGAAAACCUUAAGUGAUGCCACGACAAAAUUUGUAUCAGAGAAUAAAAAUUUACCAAUAGAAAAUACCACAGAUUGUCUAAGCACCAUGGCUAGUGUAUGCAGAGUCAUGCUCGAAACACCGGAAUACAGAAGCAGAUUUACAAAUGAAGAAACGGUGUCAUUCUGCUUGAGGGUAAUGGUGGGUGUCAUAAUACUCUAUGACCAUGUACAUCCAGUGGGAGCAUUUGCCAAAACUUCAAAGAUUGAUAUGAAAGGUUGUAUCAAAGUUCUUAAGGACCAACCUCCCAAUAGUGUAGAAGGUCUUCUAAAUGCUCUCAGGUACACAACAAAACAUUUGAAUGAUGAGACUACCUCCAAGCAAAUCAAGUCCAUGCUGCAGUAGCAGCUGUGGCUUGCGCACCUGCUGUGGGUGGAAGACAGUAUUCUGCAGUGACUGGGAAUGCACAGUUUUUAGUGAUUGCAAUUACUAUCUCAUGUACUCUUGCUUUUUAUUUCUUGCCUCUGUUCCUCUUCCCUCUUUUUUAAUCAUGUUCUUGUUCUUAAGACUUCUUUUCUGUGCCAAAAUCAGUAAAGUUAUACUCUGAAGGGAUAUUGUCCUUUCAAACGGGCCAUCUAAGGCAGCUAAUUAUGCAUUGCAUUGGGGUCUCUACUGAGAAAAAUUCUGUGACUUGAACUAAAUAUUUUUAAAUGUGGAUUUUUUUUGAAAACUAAUAUUUAAUAUUGCUUCUCCUGCAUGGCAAAACUGCCUAUUCUGCUAUUUAAAAACCCUCAAUGACUUUAUUUUCUACUGCCGCUUUUUUCAUGUGCAGCCAAAAUGAAAAUGUUUAAAUUAACUGUGUUGUACAAAUGGUACCCAACACAAACUUUUUUUUAAAUUAGUAAGACUUUUGUUUAAAGUUUUAAGUUUGCAUUUGACUUUUUUUGUAAGGAUGUAUGUUGUGUGUUUAACCUUUAUUAACUAACGUUAAAAACUGUGAUGUGUGCGUAGAAUAUUACGUAUGCAUGUUCAUGUUUAAAGAAUGGCUGUUGAUGAUAAAAUAAAAAUCAGCUUUCAUUUUUCUAA